UGUCAAAUGGGAACUUUUGUUUUGGUCGGCAUUUAUUCAUUCAAGAUAUUAGCGUUUAUAGCUGAAUAGUACCGAUUGUAUGGGACAAAGUUUAUGAAAUUUUCGAAUUAUACUGUAUAAAAGCUUUUAAAGUUUUAAAUAGAAUCUUUGGAAUGCUACCUUUAUCACUGCUAAAGACGGCGCAAAGUCAUCCUAUGUUGGUGGAGCUGAAGAAUGGCGAAACGUACAACGGACACUUGGUGAGCUGCGACACCUGGAUGAACAUCAAUCUUCGGGAGGUCAUCUGCACAUCAAAGGAUGGUGAUAAAUUUUGGCGAAUGCCCGAGUGUUACAUCCGCGGCAGUACUAUCAAGUAUCUGCGCAUACCGGACGAGGUGAUCGACAUGGUGAAGGAUGACGUGCAGGCCAAAUCGCGGAAUCGGCAAGAACUGAACAAAGGUGGCGGUCGCAAUCAGGGUGGUGGCGGUGGGGGCGGAAUAGGCCAGCAGGGUGGCCGAGGUGGUGGACGCAACAAUGCCAAUGCCAAUAAUAGGAACACAUUCGGCGGGGCCAACCGACCGGGGAACCGGGCCGGGCUUGGCAAUCCCAAUCGGAACGCGCCCAACAAGAAGUAAUCGAGAAGCGAGAAGUCGUCUUUAAGGUGUGAAAAACGAAAAGCCGAGCAUUCGGCUGAAUACCUGGUUGAGAGAAUGAAAUAAACGAACUUGAAUAAAAAAUAUGUGCUUGAAUGGAAA